CAGCGCCGCUCUGUCGCCAACCGUUCAUAUAAACAACCAGCAACAGUCAGACUUAACAGAGGAGAAACAUGUGAAUAGAGAAAGUUUUUUUAAACUGCCGGAUUGGUCACGUCUCUCAUUUAAUAGAGGAGCCCAACAUUAUUUACGUUGUUGUAACUCUUGUGCUCAUCAUCGUAAGAUGAAUUUCUCUGAGGUCUUCAAGCAGUCCAACCAACUUUGCAGAGUUUCCCCUGAUGGGAAAUAUUUGGCUACCUGUGUGCAGUACAGGCUGGUGGUGCGGGACAUCAACACCCUGCAGAUCCUACACCUGUACACCUGCCUGGACCAGAUCGUCCACAUGGAGUGGUCCUCUGACUCCCUCUUUAUUCUCUGUGCCAUGUACAAGAGAGGACUGGUGCAGGUGUGGUCUCUGGAACAGCCUGACUGGCACUGUAAGAUUGAUGAGGGCUCAAUAGGGCUGGUCUCCUCGCGCUGGAGCCCAGACGGACGUCACAUUCUCAACACCACUGAGUUCCAUCUGAGAGUCACCGUCUGGUCCCUGUGCACCAAAGCUGUGUCUUACAUCAAGUAUCCCAAGGCAUGUCAGAAGGGCAUUGAUUUUAGCAGAGAUGGCUGCUACAUGGCCUUGGCUGAACGCCGUGACUGCAAAGACUAUGUCAGUGUAUUUGUGUGUGACGACUGGCAUUUACUCAGGCAUUUUGAAACGGAAACACAGGACUUGGCCGGGUUGGAGUGGUCUCCCAAUGGCUGUGUAUUAGCAGUAUGGGAUAGCUGUCUGGAGUACAAGGUGUUGCUGUAUUCUUUGGAUGGCCGACUGUUAUCUACAUACAGUGCAUAUGAAUGGUCACUGGGGGUCAAGGCUCUGACCUGGAGCCCCAGCAGCCAAUUCCUGGCCAUUGGCAGCUAUGAUGAAAAAGUGCGAAUCCUAAAUCACAUCACAUGGAAGAAGAUCACAGAGUUUGAACACCCGGCCACCAUCAACAGCCCAAAAGCCGUUGUCUACAAGGAAGUGGAGAGAAAGCCAGUUGUUGCCAAUGAUGACUUGUCACUCCACAACAUCACGAUGAGCAGCACUGUCUUCAACACCCAGAGCAAAUAUGAGAUCUGUCCUCCACCAGUCCAGUUCCCUGUGGUCAAACCAGACCCGGACCGAGCCAACCCUAAGAUUGGUGUCUCCACUUUGGCCUUCAGCUCAGACAGUCGCUAUCUAGCCACCAAGAAUGACAGCAUAGCCAGUGUUGUGUGGGUGUGGGACAUGCAGAGGAUGAGCCUGGAGGCUGUGCUGGAGCAGACGUCGGCCGUGCGCUGCUUCCAGUGGGACCCCCGACGCCCCCGACUGGCACUGUGCACAGGCAACACCAAGCUCUACCUCUGGUCCCCCACAGGAUGCGUGUCCGUCCAGGUCCCAGCUGAAGGUGGCUUCCAGGUCCAGUCUUUAAGCUGGCACAGCAGUGGAGACUCCCUGAUGUUGCUUGGAAAAGAGCAGCUGUGUUUGUGCUACAUGGACACUGACCAGGAGGACAAGUAAAAAAAAAAAAAAAACAAGUGAAGAGCAGCUGGAAAACACCUCUGACUACUGAGCCACACUCCCAUUCCCAUGCCCAGUUGACCAGGAUUGUGUUAAGCUGAUGACCAAAAAA